UUAACUUAACCUACAUAGCACAUUUAUAUCUCUUCGUAUAUAAUAGAUGUAAGGUCAUUUUAAUAACUUUUCAUAUUUUGAAUAGCACACUGCACUAGUAUUAAAUGCUGUCGACGAAAAAGAGGUAUUUGCUAGUUAUCAUUUUAAUAUUUCAACACUGACAGGAAGUGUAUUUUUUUCCUUCUUAAGACAAUUACCUUAGCUGUGUUCAUAGAUCAUAAUUUCCUGAUUCGUGAAUCUGGACACAGGCGUUAUACUCCGCUACCGAUCUCGUACAGAAAAUAACUGUUAGUAACGUAGGUAUGACCCAUUACGAAGAGGUUGAUGUCCACGGAUAUGAUGAAUUUAACGAAGCAGUAUCAGACAGGAAAGGCAAAGACAUAUUCGCAUAUUUCUCCGGCGAUAAAGACGCGAAUGGGAAAAGCUGGUGCCCAGAUUGUGUGAAAGCGGAGCCAGUGGUUCGAAGAGAGCUGCGCCACCUUCCAGAAGGAUCCGUCUUCAUUUACUGCCAAGUCGGAGAUCGACCUUACUGGAAAGAUUCCAGCAAUGAAUUUAAGAAGACGCUGAAGCUCAGCGCUGUUCCCACCCUGCUGCGCUACGGCACACCCCAGAAACUUGUGGAGGACGAGUGCUUCAGGUCGGACCUGGUGCGGAUGAUGUUCACCGAGGACUGAAGGCUGUUUCACACUACCCUCCUUCACACAGCCCCCUAAAAAAGACACAGCAUUAGCCAAAGACACUGCUCCCCCCAAUGCCUUAAAAUUCAGAAACACCUUCCCAUUUUCAUGAUUUUGCUGUCCUACCACCUUCCCCUGACCAGGAAAAACUUUUCUCAUCAUUGUGUUUUAUUUUAAUGGCUUGGAGUCAGAGAUGGUCCCUUUGUCAACUUACACUGUCAGAUGGAAACAGUUUAAUAUAUUGUAAUGUGUCUGCCAAAAUCUGUUUUGGUCUUUACCUUCCCAUCCUACCAUCAAGGCUUUAAACAUUCCUGUGAGGUGUCUUGUACUAAAGUGUCUGUAGAUGGCAUUUAAAUUAAUAAAUGGUGGCGUUGUGUGAAGUGAA